AAGGAGCAGCGAGCUUCCGCACCGCUCCUCCGCCUGCUGUCAAACGAUAUAUCCGCAAGCCAGCGCCAUGCUAUCGCGCUCUAGAUGUGUAUACCGGACAUUUGGCCGUUCUCUGUCAGCGGUGAGCCAGGUCAAUAAUGUCCUCAUCCGACAAAGUGUGUCAGGCCUCUCUGUCUGCAGCCGGCUAGCUUACAGGAAUUCCCAGCCAUGUGAAUUUCCAUCAUCAGCGAGUGUCUUCCACAUCAGAUGCUUCAAAACAUCCGCUGCUCACAGGGAUGAAGUAGUGACAGUCAAAACUCCAGCAUUCGCAGAAUCUGUUACAGAGGGGGAUGUGAGGUGGGAGAAAGCCGUGGGCGACUCAGUCACAGAAGAUGAAGUGGUGUGUGAAAUUGAGACUGACAAGACCUCAGUACAGGUCCCUGCCCCAGCAGCUGGUGUCAUUGAGGAACUGCUGGUGCCUGAUGGAGGGAAGGUAGAAGGAGGGACGCCCCUCUUCAAACUCCGGAAAGGAGCCGCUGCUGCCAAAGCUGCUCCCUCCCCAGCUGCAGAAGCAACGGCUGCUGCCCCUCUGCCACCACCACCACCACCUCCUCCAGCUUCAGCCCCCACUGCCAUGCCUCCAGUCCCCCCAGUGCCAACACAGGCUGCCCAAGCCAAACCUGUUUCUGCUGUCAAGCCUACUGCUGCAGCUCCAGCACCAGCUCCUCCAACAGCAGGAGGCAGAGGAGAAAGCAGGGUGAAGAUGAACCGCAUGAGGUUGAGGAUUGCCCAGAGGCUGAAGGAGGCUCAGAACACCUGCGCCAUGUUGACCACCUUCAACGAGGUGGACAUGAGCAACAUUCAGGAGAUGAGGACAGCCUAUAAGGAUGCUUUCUUAAAGAAGCACAACAUCAAACUGGGUUUCAUGUCUGCGUUUGUGAAGGCUGCAGCAUAUGCUCUGACUGACCAGCCUGCUGUCAAUGGCGUUAUCGAUGAUACAACCAAAGAGAUUGUCUACAGGGAUUAUGUAGACAUCAGUGUCGCUGUGGCAACUCCAAAGGGGCUUGUUGUUCCAGUGAUCCGUAACGUUGAGACCAUGAACUUCUCUGACAUUGAGAAAGCCAUUAAUGCACUGGGAGAAAAGGCUCGUAAAAAUGAGCUUGCUGUUGAAGACAUGGAUGGAGGCACCUUCACCAUCAGCAACGGUGGAGUUUUUGGCUCCUUGUUUGGCACACCCAUCAUCAACCCUCCACAGUCUGCCAUCCUGGGCAUGCAUGGCAUCUUUGACCGACCUGUAGCCAUCAAUGGCAAGGUGGAGAUCCGGCCCAUGAUGUAUGUGGCGCUGACCUACGACCACCGACUCAUCGACGGCAGAGAAGCUGUCACGUUCUUACGCAAGAUCAAAGCGGUGGUGGAAGAUCCGCGAGUGUUGCUUCUGGACAUGUGACGUUUCUACCACCACAUUACUCUAAUUUAAAGAAAGCUCAGUGGCAUAAAAUGAACUCCAUGUCACAGAAAAAGAAAAGAAAACAAAAACAAAAACGCACAAGACGCACAAAAUCGCCCGCACAACCACUGUUGUCUUUUUUUUUUUUUUUAUCUGUUCAGUCAGACUAUGGUGGGACAUCGAGGUUGUGUUCCAACACUCCAUAUGGAGCUUAAAUAUGUGGUGUGACCUGUAGAGAGUAACUUUAAGUACCUGCAAUUAUAGUAUACUUAACAUGGGCCUUAGCUAAAUAGCAACAAAGCUAAAAGAUUGCCACCAUCUAUCAAUAACCAUUUUGCAAAAUUAGACUUUAGCAAAGUCACAUUUAUGUUACUCUUCUUAAAAACUGGCUUGUACAGGCUUAAAAUGCUGAAGGUAAUUUUUACCCAUGCUCUUUCAGAUGGACGUAUGAAGCAGUAGAUGCUCGCAGCGUCCUUGUCACAGUUGUGUAAUCGUGAAGCAAAAUGGAUUUUCCAGGCUACAGUUGGCUUCUUUCUCCCCCUGCUCAUUAGUUGGUGCUCCUGAGCCACUUUUUCCACAGCUGGCCCUAACGUAGCUCGCUCAGAUUAGUUCAAGAUGGUUUUACUGUUGACACAGGAUUGAAAGAAGCCCUCGGUUUGCUGCUGGCCGUCGUUACUGGUAACAGAUUGGAAAACAGAAAGAGCGACCUCUCUGUCGAGCGCGUGUUUGGAGGUGAUUCAGUUCGCUUGUGUUCCUGCUUCGCACAGUCAUCCGUCUCCUGUCUUCUUCUUUGACUUUGUGUUACGCCUGCCGUGCUGCAGAUUCUUUGACCAUCACACUCUCACAGAAAACAUUGAUCAAACUUAUAUUACAAACAGUAUGUUGUUGCUUUGUGGGCUGUAUGUUGGGAUGUGUAAUGUUAAAAAGGCUCAAUUUGGCAGCAGGUUUUUAAGUUGAGCUCCAAUGUUGGAUUGUCUUUGUACUAUCCUAUAUAUCAAAUUCUUGCAUCUAUUUAAAGAAACAGUUUUAAACAUUAAACAUCUCAAGCGUUUUACGUACUAAACCUUGUCUUGCACAUUUACUUUACAAACAGUACAUGCUCGGUGCAUUACCACAGGUCCAACAAUGACGUUGCUGUUACUUGAUACAUUUUCUGUCAAUUGACAAAUCCGUUAAUCUGCAACAAACCUGGCAAUCAGUUGUCUUUUUGAAAUACGUUCUGUGCUAAAGUGGAAGAAUUUUCCGCUUUCAGCCUCUCAGAUGUGAAGUUUUCCUGCUGUAGUUGGUCUUAUACAGUAUGAUCAUAAGUUUAUCUGUUUAGGUUGUGGAUUGUUGUUCGCACGAAACAAGACAUUUGAAGAUGAUGCCAAUCAAUCAUCAGAUUCCACAUUAGUUGAGAGCAGGCAUAACAGUUUCAGCCCAGUUAUUGUUUAUGCUGCAGCAGAGGAAGUGCUGACCUGAACUUUCAUCCUCUAACAGAAAUAUGACGACGGCAGAAUAAAAGCACGAGGCCGAGGCAGGGAACGUCUUCACGGUCAACCUUGGCUGCAGCAUUUUAUCUUGUGCCAAAUCUAUUUUGUCUAUUUUAAUCUUAUUUUGCUCGCGAAUCCUCCGCUGCAGUUGCGUUCAGUGCCAAAGGCUGAUCUUCAAAGCCUCAUUAGCCAGCCUACCGCUCGGCUCUUGAGAAGCUCUAAAUAAUGGGAUCAUCUCUGACAAAGUCUUAAGGGUUGAUCGGCCCUUUCUCCCACUUCACAAACACAGGCUCGAGUGCGUGCAGCUGUGUAUGAUACCCCUUCAGUAUUUCUGUUUACUUUAAUAAUCACAGGGGACAAUGGGUCCUAAUGUACGUCUUUGUUUCUCUGCCAGCACCUACACAAAUGUCUGAACAACACUGUUUGGAGGAAAAACACAGAAUUCAUUACGAGAGCACAAAAAACCCAAACAUUAGAUUACCAUGAGAAUACUGGAGGUCCUAAUGGGCCUGAAUACAGCAAACAAUGAUACAAGGGUUCCUUUAAUUUAAUUAUUUACUUUUAUUACCGCUCAAGAUUCCAUUAGCGCUUUCGAGAACAUGCUAAUUGGCAGCGUGUGCCAGGGGGUGCAUAGAUAUCUGAAGGGUUUGUUGGCAGGUUUUUGUCUCGUCUUCAAAAUUUGGCCAAAUCUGUGAAUUUCCAAUUGGACUGCUCAAUAAGAUGUGGGUUUUAAGUCUUUGUGUUCAUUCAGAUGAAAGAUGGCCCAUUAGAAAUUGGCAGCUAGCUGUUUGUUUUCAUUAAGCCACAUCAGAGAGAUAAUUUACCUAAAUUAUUCUGUUAUUUUUUCUGUCUUUUAAAUAGCUAAUGAUAUCAAUGUCAUGAUAUAAAGAACUGAAUUCUGAUCCACUUUGGAAAAAGUGUGGUUUGAGUUUAAGGUGGUACUAACGUUAACAACCAAAACUGUUUAUAUUUUCAUCCUCACUUUUAAUGUAGAACAACCUAUAAAGUUUCCUCUGUAUGAAAAGUACUCUUCUAUGUGUGC